AUGUCGUCUUAUAUUCACGUACUUAUCGCGGUGGGCCUAUUAUCUUAUCGUGCACCAUGUGUUUCUGGUCAUGCUUAUUUUUCCUAUCCAAUUCCUCGCGUCGUUUAUUGUUCAGAUCCGACAUGCAUACCUGGUGGAAUAGGGCCCCAAGGACCCGUUUGGCGUUUAUUAGCGAAUAGUUCAUUAGAUACGGAAAGUCUAACAACUCAAACAACAUGUAACGGUACCAAUUUGUUAGCUCCGGCUGCACAAAAUGCUACUACUUAUGACCCAGGUUUCAAUGGAAAAACAGCCGUUUCAUGGCUGGCUGGUUCAUCGCAAACAUUUCAAAUAUUCAUUUCCCAGAUUCACUUAACGGAAAAUCAAAACAUUUAUCCUACAGAUGGCUGGCAAAUCCGUUAUAGAGAUGGUGAACAGGCCGAUUCAAAGUUUUCUCCCAUUCCAUUUAUCUAUGUCAAUGUAUCAACAACGGCAACUACAGGUCCUGCUCCAGCUGUAGGUUUUAUAUUAGGCCAAACAGUUCAAGCUACAAUUACUGUUCCGUCGAAGACGACUAAGCAGGGCACAUUUCAAUUUUUCUGGCGUAACAAUGAAGUCGGUCCGGGUGUUAUGUGGUUAUCAUGUGUUGAUGUUACGAUUACUGCUCUUGGUACAUCGUUAGUUCCAUCAAUAUUCUCUAUUGUUUUUAUUAUUCUACUGACUGCUAUUGGUACAAUGUUGUUUUAA